AUGCAAGGGACAAUUCGCGCAUAUUUAACCCAUGGAAAUGUUGUCAAGGAUGCACUCUUGCAACACGUCCGUGUUUUGAGUCCACUCUUGCGGCCUAAUGUGUUUUGUCGUUUUGAAUCAGUCUCGUCUGCUCUUAUAGAAGAGCAUGGCUUCGAGAGUACCAGAAUUACCGACAUCCUCAAAGCAAAAGGCAAAAGUGCAGAUGGCUCAUGGCUUUGGUGCACUACGGAUGACACUGUUUAUGAUGCUGUGAAGUCGAUGACACAGCACAAUGUUGGAGCCUUAGUGGUUGUCAAACCUGGACAGCAGAAAUCAAUUGCAGGAAUCAUCACAGAGAGAGACUAUCUGCGGAAGAUCAUCGUGCAGGGAAGAUCAUCCAAGUCAACCAAGGUUGGGGACAUCAUGACUGAAGAGAACAAGCUUAUCACUGUCACCCCUGAUACCAAAGUUCUGAAGGCAAUGCAAUUGAUGACAGAUAACCGCAUCAGGCACAUUCCUGUGAUUGAUGAUAAGGAAAUGAUUGGCAUGGUAUCGAUCGGAGAUGUUGUCCGUGCUGUGGUGAGCGAGCACAGGGAGGAGCUGGACCGCCUGAAUGCUUACAUACAAGGGGGUUACUGA